CUGCUGGUCUGGUUGCGAAUGCGGAGAGUCAUGUCCUCCCCCUGGAGGUGGGGUAAAGGGAGGAGGCGGCGGCCGGGGUCGCGCUGCCCGCUCCUCCCGCCGACCCCUCCCCACCCUUCUCCCCAAAGAGAGCGAUGGGAGCCAGCGGGUCUGAAGGAGGACUAGGUUGCUCCGCUAGCGGCCGCCCGGCCUCGGUGCCCCGGGGCGCGGGUCUUCUGGGAGCCGGCAUCGCCGGGCGUGCGGCUGUGGACCCGGAGGGGUCAGCGGCGGCGGCGGCGGCGGAGCCGGGACGCUGCGCGCGGCGGGGCGCAGGCAGUGGGAGCGCGGGGGCCGCGGAGGAUGGGCGCGGGGGCGCGGGUGCUGGGAGCUCGGCCGGAGUGGCGCUGGCGGCCCUGUUGGUACGGCCGCUUCCUGAUCCUGUGCAGCCGCCGCGCCGCCGGAGCCGGGAGCCCAUGAGCGCCCCAGCCCGGGCCCGCGCCCCCGCCUGCGCCGGCGGCAGGAGCCGAGGAGCGGCAGCAGGCGCUGCCCUGCCGGCGCCGGGAGUGAACGGCUGCGCGGCUGCUGGGAGGGUGAAUGAAGCCGGGAGGAGGGGAAGGAGGAGGCGGCGGUGGAGGCGCUGCGGGGACUGGGAUGCACCCAGGAGCCCCUCUGCUCCUCGGGGCCCGACCGGAGACCCAGCAACUCCCGCGGCCGCGCCGCCUCCUACGUGGUCCCAGCGCUGCGCGCAGGCCGGCCCUGCAGGGGGCAGGGAAGGGGCCGGCCGGGCGGAGCAAGAGGAGCACCGUGCAGCAAGUCACCAAGGUGGUCCAUUCAAACUGCAGACUCGUUUGUCAUCCUUGUACAGCAGUCUCCUCCACAGCCGCUACAGAGAAGUGCGCCACAUAUCAGCAUAUUGGAGCAAAAUGAGAGAGUUUAUUUUGAGACCUCCAAAUUAGUGCUGCUACGGACCAUGAGCAAGAGAGAAAGCGUGGACUUCAGCCUGCACGAAUGGUCUUGAAACACAAGUGGUUUUGGGUCUAGGCAUUUUACACUGAGUUUUCUACUGCCACACUUUCUACUCAAGCAAAAUCCAUGUGAAAAGAUCUGCUGGGAAGGAGCCGACUGCUUAUGUUUCUCCAUUGUGAUGAAAGCACAUGGUACAGUUUUCCAAAGAAAUUAGUUCGUUUUCCGGGGCAGAGGAUCCAAUCUGCUGUUUUCUUACGGUUUUCCUCACGUCUCUGUGGAAGAGGAACGAGCACGCCUGAGCCCAGGAGCGCUCCAGCUUCUCGUGGGAAGUCUCCAUGGUGAAGGAAGGCUGGGGCUCCCAGUGAACCGUGCACAGUGAAUGCUAUUCCAGAGCUGCUGCUGGCGGACUGCACCCACGGGGAGAUGAUUCCUCAUGAAGAGCCUGGAUCCCUUACAGAAAUCAAAUGUGACUUUCCAUUUAUCAGACUAAAAUCAGAGCCAGCCAGACAGUGAAGCAGUCACCGUGGAGGGGGGACGGCGAAAAAUGAAAUCCAACCAAGAGCGGAGCAACGAAUGCCUGCCUCCCAAGAAGCGCGAGAUCCCGGCCACCAGCCGGCCUUCGGAGGAGAAGGCCACCGUCCUGCCCAGCGACAACCACCGGGCGGAGGGCGUGGCAUGGCUCCCGGGCGCCCUUGGUGGCCGAGGUCACGGGGGCGGGAGGCAUGGCCCGGCGGGGACCGCGGUGGAGCUUGGUUUACAACAGGGAAUAGGUUUACACAAAGCGCUGCCCACGGCGCUGGACUACUCCCCACCCAGCGCGCCCAGGUCCGUCCCGGCGACCACCACGCUGCCCACGGUGUACCCUCCCCCGCAGUCCGGGACCCCGGUGUCGCCCGUGCAGUACGCGCACCUGCCGCACACUUUCCAGUUUAUUGGGUCCUCCCAGUACAGCGGGCCCUACGCAGGGUUCAUCCCCUCCCAGCUGAUCUCCCCAACGGCCAGCCCCGCCACCAGCGCGGUGGCCUCGGCCGGGGGCGUCUCCACUCCAUCCCAGCGCUCCCAGCUGGAGGCCUAUUCCACUCUGCUGGCCAGCAUGGGCGGGCUGAGCCACGCCUCAGGACACAAGGCUGAGCAGCAGCAGCAGCAGCAGCACUUGGGCAGGACUCCAGGGCUCAUGGCACCAGGGUCCCCACCACCCACCCAGCAGAACCAGUACGUCCACAUCGCCAGCUCCCCGCAGAACGCCGGGCGCACGGCCUCUCCGCCGGCCAUCCCCGUCCACCUCCACCCCCACCAGACGAUGAUCCCACACACCAUCACCCUGGGGCCCUCCCCCCAGGUCGUAGUGCAAUACACCGACUCGGGCAGCCACUUCCUUCCUCGGGAGGCCACCAAGAAAGCCGAGAGCAGCAGGCUGCAGCAGGCCAUGCAGGCCAAGGAGAUCCUCAACGGGGAGCUGGAGAAGGGCCGGCGGUACGGCGCCCCCACCUCCGCCGACCUGGGCCUGGUGAAGGCGGGCGGCAAGUCAGCGCCUCACCCCUACGAGUCCAGGCACGUGGUUGUCCACCCCAGCCCCUCCGACUAUGGCAGUCGGGACUCCACGGGGGUCCGAGCCUCUGUGAUGGUCCUGCCCAACAGCAACACCCCCGUCUCCGACCUGGAAGUGCAGCAGGUCACGCACCGCGAGGCCUCCCCCUCCACCCUCAACGACAAAAGUGGCCUGCAUUUAGGGAAGCCCGGACACCGCUCCUACGCGCUCUCACCCCAACAGGCUCUGGGCCCCGAAGGCGUGAAGGCCGCCACCGUCGCCACGCUGUCACCCCACACGGUCAUUCAGACCACACACAGCGCUUCGGAGCCACUCCCAGUCGGGCUGCCAGCCACAGCCUUCUACGCAGGGACACAGCCGCCCGUCAUCGGCUACCUGAGCAGCCAGCAGCAGGCGAUCACCUAUGCCGGCAGCCUGCCCCAGCACCUGGUCAUCCCCGGCACCCAGCCCCUGCUCAUCCCGGUGGGCAGUGCUGACGUGGACGGGUCGGGAGCUGCCUCUGCAAUAGCCACAUCGUCGCCCCAGUUUGCAGCAGUGCCUCACACAUUCGUCUCCACCGCCCUUCCCAAGAGCGAGAACUUCAGCCCAGAGGCCCUGGUCACCCAGGCCGCCUACCCGGCCAUGGUGCAGGCCCAGAUCCACCUGCCCGUGGUGCAGUCCGUGGCGUCCCCGGCAGCAGUGCCCCCGACGCUGCCCCCCUACUUCAUGAAAGGCUCCAUCAUCCAACUGGCCAACGGGGAGCUGAAGAAGGUGGAGGACUUAAAAACGGAGGACUUCAUCCAGAGCGCAGAGAUCAGCAAUGACCUGAAGAUCGACUCCAGCACCGUGGAGAGGAUUGAGGACAGCCACAGCCCCGGCGUCGCCGUCAUCCAGUUUGCCGUCGGGGAGCACCGGGCACAGGUCAGCGUGGAGGUGUUGGUAGAGUACCCUUUUUUUGUGUUCGGACAGGGCUGGUCGUCCUGCUGUCCAGAGCGAACCAGCCAGCUCUUCGAUUUGCCGUGUUCCAAACUCUCCGUUGGGGAUGUCUGCAUCUCGCUGACGCUCAAGAACCUGAAGAACGGCUCGGUGAAAAAGGGCCAGCCCGUGGAUCCCGCCAGCGUCCUGCUGAAGCACGCCAAGGCCGACGCCCUCGCGGGCAGCAGACACCGGUAUGCGGAGCAGGAGAACGGCAUCGGUCAGGGAAGUGCCCCGAUGCUCUCCGAGAACGGCGAACUGAAGUUUCCAGACAAAAUCGCAUUGCCUGCAGCGCCCUUGCUCACCAAAACAGAACCCAGCAAGCCCGCGACCACGAGGAAGAGGAGGUGGUCGGCGCCCGAGACCCGCAAACUGGAGAAGUCGGAAGAAGAGCCGCCUUUGACUCUCCCCCGGCCUUCGCUCAUUCCUCAGGAGGUGAAGAUUUGCAUCGAAGGCCGGUCCAACGUGGGCAAGUAGGAGCGGCGGUGUGGCGUGGGGAAGGAAUUCGGCCCUCCCUUACCAUUUGUAUCCAGAUUACUGUACUGUAGGCUAAAUAACACAGUAUUUACAUGUUAUCCUCUUCCUUUAGGUUUCUGUUCUUACCUUGUCGUUAGAGUUACAGCUGGUGUUGCGCAGGAGACGGUGCAUAUGCUUUUUCCACGAGUGUCUGGCCGUGGGCGAGCGGGGGGCCAGCACGGGCGGGCGCGGCCAUGCGCCCGGUGGAAUGAAAGUGGCUUUGGAGUGGCUGCCUUUUCUAGCAGCGCCAGAAGCAUCCGCUGGGCGCUGACUUCUGCUGGUUUCAUGAGGAAGUUCGGGGAAGGGGAUUGCAGGGGUGUGCGUGCGAGUGUGGGGGGCGAGGGCAAGGGGUGUGGGGAGUGCAGCAGGGGUGGCACAGCAAGCAAGGGUCUUCUCUCUGCCUCCCCCUGUCUCAGGCUCUCAGCACGGGGUUGCAGCUCCAGAGACACGUCCUCAGGAGGUCUCACGUACAAAAGAAAUAUCAGGAACCCAGCCUCAGGGCAUCCUAGAGAGGAUGGAAAGCUAACCCUGUAAAAGAACAUUUUCCCCCCUCCAACAUAUUUUACAAUAAAAGCAACUUUUAAUCAUAUAGAUAUGUAUUUCCCCCUAUGGGGCCUGACUGCACUGAUUUUUUUUUUUUUUAAGAGCAACUGCCACCCGUGGGAUUUCAUUUCUGCUUCGCUAGUGCAGUGCCGCCCUGCAGCGGGGUGGAGCGCGAGCGCCCACUCUGGUUCUGUGCAGUGUUAGGAAAACCGAUCAGGUGGUCGCAUUGACUUCCUCCCAAGAGGCAGGUGGAGCUGCCCUUCAGAGAGCUGCGGCAGCUCUUCACCUUGGGUUUGCAAAUCUUUUGUCUUUUAACUCUAGUACUGUUUAUAGUUCAUGACUCGACUCGGGUGCCACUUUUUUCAGAUUCCAGUGUGACGUGAGGAAUUGGAUUUUGAAGAUGAGCAUAUAUAUUGCUAUCUCUAAGCACUUACAAUGCUGUUCACACUUUAUUACCAAGCAUCUUGGUCUAGCAUUCAACAAGUACUGUAUCUCACUUUAAAGUCUUUGGGAAGAAAAAACAACAACAACAAAAAACUAAGUUGCUAUCUUUUUUCGACACUGUAACUGCAUUUCAGCUCUGCAGAGUUUCUCACGGCAAGAUAUUGACAGUUUCAAUGUGGUUUAAAAGGAUGAAUGUGAAUCAUGAACCAGUAUGUGACAAUGAAUGACCACCCAGUGCAGCCUGGAGGGAAGGCACUUUCACUUUGAUGUUUGAGAAAGGAUUAAAGGCAUAUGCAGAGCUGGCAGAGAAACUGAGAGAAAAGGGAUGGAAAAAAGAAUACUCAUUUUUGUCCAGUGUUUUUCUUUUUAUGACGAACUUUUAAAGAACCUUGCGAUUUGCACAUCUUGAGUUCAUAAUUUGUGUGAUAUUCCUGCAGUUUUUAUCCAAUAACAUUGUGGGAAAGGUUUGGGGGACUGAACGAGCAUAAAUAAAUGUAGCAGAAUUUCUUUCUAACCUGCCUAAACUCUAGGCCAGUUUAUAAUGUUCCUUUCAAAAUUUAUUUUGGUCUUUCUACCACAUCUGUCACAAAAACCAGGUCUUUGGCAGGACAACUCUGAGAAUUUUCUUCAGAUUCAUUGAGAGAGUUUUCCAUAGAGACAUUUAUAUAUGUGAGCAGGUUGUUUUUUUUUUAUUCAUUGUUGUUGUUGUUAAUGUUUUUUCAGAAUGACUUUUUUUUUUUCAUCUGAAAUCAAAUCAAGAUUUGGUGUUUGGUACAAACCCAGAAAGGUAUUUCAGAAUUUAAACCUUUCAUUCCCAGAGAGGUGAAAUAUUGUUUGUGGGUUUUGAGUUUGCAUCUCAAAGUGCUUUAAAAAAAAAGUUUUAUAAGUAGGAAGAAAUUUUUAAUAUUCGUACUUGGAAUGACUGUAGCUAAUCUGAAUAAAAACUUUUGAUUUUCCUUUCCUCAUUGAGAAAUAAUACUUUUUUUUUCAUUUCACAAAUUUAAGAAGUCCUAAUGUCAACCCACAUUUUGGCUAUCUAGUGUUCCUUCACAUUUUGUUCUCAACAGGACUAAUGAGUUUAUAAACCAUUUUCUGGAAUGUACCAAAAACAUUUGAAUAGAUAGAGAAUAGCUAGAGCCGGUCCUUGACUCUAUUUGAAUUUCAUCACCCUCCCUGCAUGCUCACAGAGAGUUGGGUGGGUCUAUUCUCGCAGUCAUAAUACUCCUUUAGUGCUGUAUUUUUUAAAGCGUUUCUGUUCAGAGAACUUGCUUAAUCUUCCAUAUAUUCUGCUCAGGGCACUUGCAAUUAUUAGGUUUUGUUUUUCUUGUUCUUUUAUAACCUUUGGUGGCAAGAGGAAUACGGGGCUGCCACAUCGACUUUGUCCUCAUUGGCACCACUAUUUACAGUAGCCACUCCUGUGGACUCAGAAAGACACACAGCACCUGUUGGCUUACUUUGAGCAUUGAACUAACUGGAUCCACAACACCAACACUAAAGUGGGAAAAUAUACAUGAUUGGAGCAAUAGGAACAUCAUCCUCAUUUUUGUGCUUCUAUUUCAGGUAGAGGAAUUAUAAGAGGAUCGGUUCUUUCUCAGCAUUGUCCCAUUUCACUCCCCUGCUUUUCCAGCAUGUGCAAUACUUUCCAUGCCAAUAGAGUCUGAUCAGUGUGGUCCAGUUAAAGCUCACACCCUAUUGGCUUUUUCCUUGUUUGGAGGGGAGGAACUAGAAGGGGAGAGCCUCCAGCUGCGAGCUCCCCCUGCUGCUGUGGAUGCUGAGUGCUGGGCUGGAGCCUUCAGGAGCCCAAGUGUCUGUCGCCACGUUGCAGAAAGAGCAAGCAAAAGAGAUCUAGGGGACCAGCUGCAGUUCCGCUGUCACCACGAUGAAUAGUGAAUGUGGAGUGUGUAGAGGAAGGAGGCAGAGUCAUUUCUAAGGCGCACUCUGGAGCAAUAGAGCCAGCAUCAACCCAUUUUCCACACCCUUUUCCGCAAGUGGGCAGGCCCCGCCUGAGGUCUGUGUCCUUGAGACUUUGAGCUGUGCCUCUGAGCGCGCUGGAAGUGAUGUGUGUGUGAACUGUGAGCGUGCAGGCCAGUGGCUGUGGAGGGGCCACCUGCCAGCACUGCUCACUCUCCUCUGUGGCAGCUUUCUCUUCAAAUAGGAAGAACAUCCAGGGGACAGGGAACCUCCUCCUGUUGGCAGACCUUGCUGAACUGAGGCUCCCAGAGCAGCCUUUGUCACCACUUCUGUGUAGCAGACCUGGCAGUGACAGGCGUAGAAAAUUUCCGGUGCCCUGCAGCUUACGAGAAUCAGCCUUGUGCCUCUGUACUGUGUCCACUUUGCAAUAUUUGCCUACACUGUCUUUAGCUCUUUCUUUCCUGUUUUCCACUUUUAAACUAAUAACAGCAGGCCUUUUGCAUUUACAAUGGAACACAAUCACCAAGAAAUUAGCCAGGGUGAAAAGAAAAAACAAUAUAAUAAGAAACCAACAAACAAGAACCUCUCUUUAUAGGGAUUUCUACUAGUAAAUAUAGAAAAUGACUGUUCCUUCGAAUGUUUAACUUAAGAAUUAUUUCAGUUUGUCUGGGCCACACUGGGGUGCAGAUAAAGAGAUGGGUGCCACUUACCUCAAACCUUUUGAAGUGGAAAUCCAAAUUGCAUUUUCAUUGGGACUUUCAGGAUAAUUUUCUAUGUCAGUCAAUUUUGUUUUCCCCAACUCGCCCCGUUUGGUUUGGGAUGAUUUGAUUUUCGUCACUGCUGUUGUCGAUCCCCUUUCUGACUCUGCAUUGUGACCCUCUGUGUUUUUUGUUGGGUGAGUGUGUAGGGAUUCCCCCGCAGGAAGUGGCAGCAGCUUCCCCCUCCCCCACCCCCACCCCACAGGAACUCUGCGGAACCUUUCACACCUCUUACUCAGGGACGGGCUGGCGUGUGUGUGGUACACUGAUGUGCCCGGAGCAGCACUUUGACUGCUCUGGAGUAGGGCUGUACAACUUCGAGGAAUGUUUGGAUUUCCUGCACCUUGUGGAUUACUCCUUAGAUCCUGCAUAGAUCGCAAUAUAAUGCUGCGUGUUCACGAGGAACAGCAGCUCCUAGUAAUCAUAAAUCCACUCUUUGCACAUAGUUCGAUCUUUACUGAAAUAUGUUGCCAAAAUUUCUUUUUGUUGUAGCUUUGGAAUUUUUUUGUUUGUUUGUUUUUUAAGGAAACAAUUGACAAUACCCUUUAACAUCUGUGACUACUAAGGAAACCUAUUUCUUUCAUAGAAAAAUCUCAGUGCUCUUGAAGACACUAAUGCCAGGCUAUUUCAGAUUUGGGUGAAGAAGCAGAGCUCUUGGGACAGAAGGCCAGGCUUUUUUGAGCUGUGUUGGUUGUCAUGGCGACUGUUUCAUGUACCAUAAGCAGCUCAACAAACUGUGGCCUGUUCUCUCCUAACCCUUUGCAAUUCCUGUUUUCUGGUCACCGUGAUGAUUCCAGGUGACAACAGGGCCGCCCGUCUCCCUGGCCCAACCCAGCUUCCUUGGCGGAUAUGAAAGAAAAGGGAAUUAUGCUUUUUUUUUUAUCCUUUAGAGUGGAGUGGAGGCCUUUGCUUCCACUUUUGUGUUUUCAACCCAGAAUUUCUGAAAUGGAGAAUUUAAGACAUCAAGUAAUAAAUAUACAGAGAAUAUACUUUUUAUAAAGCACAUGCAUAUGCUGUUGUGUUGGGUUGGUUUCCUCUUUUCCACGGACAGUGUCGUGUUUCUGUUGAUAGGGAAACUCCAAACGAUUUGCACACCUCUACUCUGGAGCCGAGACUUCUACAGAGAUGACCUCGCUUCAAAUGUUACUUACUGAUGGGAUCUUUUCCUGUAGCACUAGACCUUGUGGGAAUUUCCUUUUUUUUUUCCUUCUUUUUAAUGUACACCUAAUCUGAGAAGCUGAAGAAAAGAAAUUUUUGAGGCACUCACUUUGAGGAGUACAGGUAAUGUUUUAAAAAAUUGCACAAAAGAAAAAUGAAUGUCGAAAUGAUUCAUUCAGUGUUUGAAAGAUAUGGAUCUGUUGAAACAAUGAGUUUCACACCUUGUUUGUAAAAAAAAAAAAAAAGAAGAAGAAGCAUAAAGGUUGAAAGUUACUUGUUUUUCUUUGUAUAUAGAAAUUCGUUGCGUCUAAAUGAUCAGAUUUGUAUGGUUACGGCCUGGAAGAAUUACUGCGUCAAAGGCUCUUCAACUAUACCUAUGCUUCAUUUCUGUUUUCGUUACAUAGAGCCCUCCUUCUAAGAGAGGGCAACUCUGUAUUCUGCAGUUUGAGAAUACUGUUCAUUCCUAUGCUGAAAGUACUUCUCUGAGCUCCCUUCUUAGUUUAAACUCUUAAGCCAUUGCAACUCCUUUUUCUUCAGAAAUGAUAUUUUGACAUUUUCAGCACUUCCUGUUCCAAUAAACCCAAAGAAUAUAAUCCUGAACAAGAAGUGUUUGUAACAAGGGAUCCUAGCUACCAAUAAAACAGGACUCAUCGUGAGGACAAAAAAAAUAUUCCGCCUUCUUCCCCCCCACACCUCAUUUAAAUGGGGGGGUAAAACAUGAAAUUCAAUUCAAAUGCCUCAUUUUACUUCAGUUAACUUUUUCUUUAUAUUGAGGCCAAAAUAAAUGUGGGACAACUUCUCAGAAAAGUCAUAUUCUGUCCAAAAAUCAAGCCAGCCAGCGGAUACUGGACAGCUGUGGGGAUAUUGAGCAAACCCACCUACAAUUCUUACAUGCAGAAUCUCAGCUGCUCCCUUGCUGUUAAAUGCAACAUUUCUGGUAGCUGCCAUUCACGGCAGGAGGGAUCAGUGGCCUCGGUUUUUCAGUUUUUUGUGUCCUCUUGACUUGCAUACAAACGGUUCAGCUGUAUUAAAAUUAAGUGCAUUUGGCCAAUAGGUAGUAUCUAUACAAUAACAGUCUCUAAGAAUUUCCGAAACUUUUCUUAUCUGAAAGGACUCGAGUCUUCCACUGCAGAUAAUUGGAGACUUUGCCCAAGUUUUCUUUCCCUUUAGUUUGUUCGUUUACUGUCUGGAUGGCCAAUGAGCCUGUCUCCUUUUCCAUGGCCAGGCUGAAGGCCUGUGUGGGAAGCGUUGUUUACAGUCAUCUUUGCUGAGAUAACAGACUGUUCUCUGGAAUAUCAGGGCUGAGGCGACACUAGCUUAGAGCUGUCGUCUUUAAAAAGCAGGUACCAAGAAGCCAGGUGCGUAGAUUUCCUCUGGUUCUCACAUGAACCACCUACUCUUAAGUUAUUAUCUGGCCCAGGAGUGGGGUAGAUUCUUUAGUACAUGACCAUUAAACUUGACACCUGUGCGUUGGGUUCUGUGAAUACUCCCUUUUGGCCUUUGGGUGAGGUUUCUUCGUCCCCGGCCAUCACUGCUCACCUGUCAAUCCAAAUCAGUGUCAGCGAAGGGAGGUUUCAGGACAGCAGCCCUCGUCUCCGUGGUGGCCUUCAGUGAGGACAGCCUCCUAACUUCUAGCCAGUGGGGUCCCGGCCCAGAACCAGGUCUGAGACCCGUCCUUAUGGAUGUGUUAAUAUCUGAUCAUUCAAACUUCCAACCGUAAGCCUCCCGCCGGCCACGGGAAAAGAGACGCCAGAACCGUGGGCACUGUCAGACUGACGUGGCCAGUACAGAGGAAAACUAGGGAAGGAGUGGUGAUUUGCACCUUAUCGAAAAGAAAAUAUUACGUGCAUACAUAGUUAAGAGCUUUUAUUGUGACAGGAGAACUUUUUUCCAUAUGCGUGCAUACUCUCUGUAAUUCCAGUGUAAAAUAUUGUACUUGCACUAGCUUUUUUAAAACAAAUAUUAAAAAAAAUGGAAGAAUUCAUAUUCUAUUUUCUAAUCGUGGUGUGUCUAUUUGUAGGAUACACUCGAGUCUGUUUAUUGAAUUUUAUGGUCCCUUUCUUUGAUGGUGCUUGCAGGUUUUCUAGGUAGAAAUUAUUUCAUUAUUAUAAUAAAACAAUGUUUGAUUCAAAAUUUGAACAAAAUUGUUUUAAAUAAAUUGUCUGUAUACCAGUACAAGUUUAUUGUUUCAGUAUACUCGUACUAAUAAAAAUAACAGUGCCAAUUGCAAA